AUGCGUGCAACCAUUUUCUUCGGACUUCUUAUUCUGGUGUGCCUCAUCCAGAUGAAUGAAGCCAAAUAUAAGAAGUUGCCUUUCAAUGGCUCUAUAUUUGGCAAAAGAAGCAAUAUUGGCAACAUUGAGUAUGAUACAACAGGGCGUGCGUUGUCUGCACUUUGCGAGAUUGCCUCAGAAACUUGCCAGGCGUGGUACCAAACCUUAGAAAAUAAG